CUGUCAUUUUUGCCUUAUUAUAAGAAUGGUGUCGUUUUCAGUGUGAAGAAGAUAAAUACAGCGAAAUACAAACACACACACACAGAAAGAGGAUAGAAAAGAAAGAAAUAUCAUUCAGUCAUGGCCAUGGAUGAAUUUUGGGCUCUGGGUCGCUUACUUCUCUGACUUCAAUUGCGAAUUCCGCAGAGAGUGGGAAACACAGAAAGGGGGAGUUUGAUUUUCCUUGAAAAAUAGGCGUAAUUUGGUUACAGCUUUGAGGGAGGAUAUUUAAUUUGAAUUUGGGAUGGAUUUUUCCAAGUCGACAAAAGUUGUGUACGAGAGAAUCCACAAAUUAGAGCCGGAAUAUGUUUCCAAAAUCAUUGGGUAUCUCCUUCUGCACGGGCAUGGCGAGCACGACAUGAUCCGAGUAGCCUUCAGCCCUGAUUCCGUGAUUCAAUUUCUGGUCGACAAGGCCAAAUCCGAACUGGGAAUUCCCGAAAUCGCGGCCCCUGCUCCCGCCGACCCGUAUUUACAAUUAUCUCGCCUGAUUCCAUCCCCAUCGCCGGCGGCCUACUCCGAUUUGGUGGUUUCUGAGGAUUACUCCCUGCAGAGCCGGAUGCAGUUCAUGACGUUGGAAGAGCAAUUGGAAUCGCUGAUGAACCCGGUGGGGGUGGAGUUUGGGAGCAAUUGGUACGUCCCAGAACCGCCGUUGGGGCUGAGAAGGAGUCGCCGGAGUCCGAGCGUGGCGGAGUUUCCGGUGAAGGUGUGCCAUUACUUCAGUAAAGGGUACUGUAAACACGGGAACAACUGCCGGUACUUCCACGUGCAGCCGGUGGCGGUGGCGGAGAGUGGGAUUGAUCAGUUUGGAAACGAGGAGCAGAUUAUUGUCUCUCCAGGGCCGCUUGAGAAGCUGGAGAUGGAGAUAAUUGAGCUUCUGAAAUCGCGGAGAGGGGCUCCGAUUUCCAUUGCGUCUCUGCCCAUGAUUUACUAUGAGAAAUAUGGGAGGAAUCUUCAGGCUGAUGGCUAUCUCACUGAAAGCCAAAGGCAUGGGAAGGCUGGCUAUAGCCUCACCAAGCUUCUCGCUCGUUUGAAGUGCAUUCGUCUCAUUGACAGGCCUCAUGGGCAGCAUUCUGUUAUCUUGGCCGAGGAUGCUCCAAAGUACAUGGAAUUUUCCGCGGUUGAAACCGGGUCGCGACAGAUUUACCUCACCUUUCCUGCUGAAAGCAGUUUCACAGAACAAGAUGUUUCAAACUACUUCAGCAAAUAUGGACAUGUUCAAGAUGUUAGGAUACCCUGCCAACAGAAGAGGAUGUUUGGUUUUGUAACUUUCACUUAUGCUGAGACAGUGAAGGAAAUUCUAUCCAAGGGAAAUCCCCAUUCCGUGUGUGGCGCUCGGGUUCUCGUUAAACCGUAUCGGGAGAAGCCGAGGCUUUUCGAGAGGAAGAGUGCAGAGAAAUCACCACUUCCCAUGCAUUACAUCCACAAUUUCAUGGACCAAGGAGACUUGGAACAACACUGUGUGCCAAGAGUUUGUGAUGGUGCAAGAUUGAUGAUGAGAAAGCACCAUCUUAUUGAGGAAAACGAGCAACACCCAGAUUUUGUAUUGGCAUCCAAGCCCUCAUCCCAUCUUCCCUAUUUAGGCUUUUCAGCCAGGAAGUUGGGUCUUUCAGCAGGUUUUGGAUUCUUUGAUUUUGACUUUGGACUAUUUAAACAAAUUCUUAUACCUCCAUUAAUUGUUCUUAGCCAAUGCAGAAAUGAAGGACGACUUCUCAUCUUCUGAGCAGCUCAGUCAGUUUCUAGAUUCCCUUACAGACGGUUCCACUGGUCACGAUAGGUCUGUUUAAAGCAAGUCCGUUUUGAUAACGAUAUUGAGACGAAAUGGUUAUGAAACGGGUCAUAAUCUCAUAGUUAUGGUGGUUUAGUUUCACUUUCACAGCCCGUGCAGCACACAAGGAGUUAAUCUACCCGAUAGUCCAUUUGCAUCUCCCAUAAGGAGUGAAAUUUCAACAGUUAUAUAGAAGAUACACACACCUUGACAGGAUUUUAAUAGAAGAUAGAAGACUAAAUUUCCUCACAAUCUUAUGGAAUCCGAAUCAGAAAUCGGUUUCAAUAUGAAAACUUUCAUUCUUUUUUCUUUUGUUUUCUAACAAAAAUGGCAUAGGUGCGAGCAUAUAGAUAGAGAAUGGUGGAUUACUUCUACUCGGAAAGGAAGAGAAGUAGUUGUUGAAGAUUGACAAAGUUUGCUGAGGAAAUAAGAUGAUAGAAAGAGAGCUAAUAAAUGAUAUGUAUGUAAAAGAUUUUACAGCUUUUUGUUUCCCCUUGGAUUUGUUUUUCUUUAAAGUUAGUCAGGCAAGAAAAAGCUUGCCAUUUCCUAGAAAAAGUGGUUUAAUCUACUUUUUUUUUUUAGUUGAAGAAAAAAAAAGGUGUAAAUAAAAGAACAUGAUGUUUGUUAUGUUGCAGAGGGAAGAAAGGUUUAGAGAUCUCUGCAACAUCAAUCAAAUAACUUUUACUUCCUAUGAAAGUUAAUGGUUACUUAGUAA